GAGAUCUUGCGAAGAAGAAGACGGUACGUAUAAUAAACAACUGUUUUACCACAGUUAAAGCUCCCCAGCUAAUUUAAGUAUCAUAGUACCCUGCCCUCUUUGGCCUUGUAAGUAUUUACAUCAAAUCCGACGUGCCCGGCGCGGCAGACUGAGAACUAACGCACUCGGAAGUACCGCAACCAAUUCCUCCCUAAAGAUGUUAAGAUUGUCGGAUAUGCGCGAACAAAGAUGGAGCACGAGGAAUACCUCAAGCGAGUCAAGUCAUAUAUCAAGACGCCUACCAAGGAUUUGGAGAAGCAAUUGGCAGAGUUCUGUGAGCACUGCAGUUACGUGUCUGGCCAAUACGACCAGGACGAGUCCUUCUUGAACCUCAAUGCUCACCUUGAGAAGCUGGAGGACGGUCGUCACGAAACACACCGUCUCUUUUACAUGGCCCUCCCACCUAGCGUAUUUACUAUCGUCUCUCAACACUUGAAGAGAUGUUGCUACCCUCCUAAGGGUAUCGCGCGAGUUAUCGUUGAGAAGCCCUUCGGAAAGGAUCUUGCCAGCUCGCGCGAGCUACAAAAGUCGUUGGAGCCUGACUGGAAGGAGGAUGAGUUGUUCCGUAUCGACCACUACCUCGGAAAAGAGAUGGUGAAGAACAUUCUAAUUCUUAGAUUCGGUAACGAAUUCUUCGGUGCUACCUGGAAUCGACACCACAUAGACAAUGUUCAGAUCACAUUCAAGGAACCUUUUGGUACAGAGGGUCGUGGCGGUUAUUUCGACGAGUUUGGAAUUAUCCGAGACGUCAUGCAGAACCAUCUGCUCCAGGUUUUAACGCUGUUGGCCAUGGAGCGACCUAUCUCUUUCUCGGCGGAGGAUAUUCGUGAUGAGAAGGUCCGUGUACUGCGAGGUAUCCCGGCUAUCGAGCCGAAGAACGUCAUUAUCGGCCAGUACGGAAAGUCACUCGACGGUAGCAAGCCUUCUUACAAGGAGGAUGAUACCGUUCCCAAAGAGUCGCGAUGCCCGACCUUCUGCGCCCUGGUUGCUUACAUCAAGAAUGAGAGGUGGGACGGCGUUCCGUUUAUUAUGAAGGCGGGCAAGGCCCUAAACGAGCAAAAGACGGAGAUUCGGAUUCAGUUCAAGGACGUUACUAGCGGUAUCUUCAAGGACAUUCCCCGAAACGAGCUCGUGAUGCGAAUCCAGCCGAACGAGAGUGUUUACAUUAAGAUGAACUCUAAACUGCCUGGUUUGAGCAUGCAGACGGUUGUCACAGAACUCGAUUUGACAUACCGACGACGGUUCUCAGACCUCAAGAUUCCCGAGGCGUACGAGUCGCUGAUUCUAGACGCGCUCAAGGGUGACCACUCCAACUUUGUCAGAGAUGACGAGCUUGAUGCUAGCUGGAGGAUCUUCACCCCCCUGCUACACUACCUUGAUGACAACAAGGAGAUCGUCCCGAUGGAAUACCCCUAUGGCUCGCGAGGACCGGCGGUCCUUGAUGACUUUACAUCGUCAUACGGGUACAAGUUUAGCGAUGCUACAGGUUACCAGUGGCCGAUGACAUCUGCCGCGCCCCCUAACAAGUUGUAAGUAGAUAUCGGCAUGGCGUUUCAGCGAUAGAUUUUGGGCAGUCUUGUAGACUUCCAUAGAGCAAGCAAACCCACUGAUAUAUUCCCCCGAUAGUUAAUUGUUAGUCUUGCAUCGGCGGUAUCCGUCGUGUGCGAUGUUGAUUAGACUACUGGUAAGGGGCGCAUGAGAAUGUCAAGCUUGGGGCGCAGAACGAAAAAUGUGAUCUCCUUUCGACGUGGGAUCCUCGGAUAGGGGGUGCGGGACUAUUAAUAAGGUCUGCACCGAUAUUUCCAUAGAAAGCAACGUUAAGCUCUAGUUUAAGUAGCUUUUAAGUAGUGAUUAGUUUUUGUCUUAUAAUAUGAAGAGCCUCCUAGAUAUUGUACAGGCUGGCCGGAAUCAUUUAUUCCACUAAGACUUGUAGCAGAUGCGUCGUGAGGAUUGCGGGGAUCCAUUGCUGUAGGCUGUAAGCUGUAAGCUGGUAGACAUUGAUAUAAAUGCCAAGGCUAGAGAGUAUGGCUCAUAGUGAUAUAUCUUGGACAAUAAAGAUAAAUGUCGG